CAGAGCUGUCCUCGGACGUAGGACAUAGGACAUAAUAGUCCUCUGCAAAAACCCACGAGAUCUGUCCACUCGAGCGUCAUCUCGUGGUUGCUUAGAGGCUAGGCCUCACGAGCCCGAUCCUGCAAGCCACCGGACCUUAGGGUAGGUAUUCUCCCGCGCCGGAGGAUCGUGCUCAGCCACCAAUUGUCGCUGGCCCCCUGCAUGCGCUGCGUCUUAGGCUCAUCUAUCUACAAGGGUGUCUCCGAUCUUUAAGAAUGCCUUCGCUUCCUUUCGACUUGCGCAGUUUCGACAGGCAGGCUCUUUUUCCCAAUUCCAACAUGGCAGAAUGCCGUCAGAGAUCAGGGCAGUCCACGCCAAAGAAAGCAGAACACCUUUGUGUCCUCGUCCAUGGGCUCUGGGGCAAUGCGGUAUGAAAAGUACCUGGUUGCUCAGGAUGACAAUGCUAAUAUUACCCCAAGUCUCAUCUUAACUACGUCGCACAAGCACUUCGAGACAAGCACAACGAAGAGAAGCUCAUAAUACUGGCUUGCCGCUCGAAUCCAGGGUCGCUCACAUACGAUGGAGUUGAAGUCGGUGCUGAAAGAGUGGCCAAAGAGAUAGAAGACAUGCUGGAGGAGCUAGAAAGAGACGGCAACAAAAUUACUCGAUUCUCGAUAGUCGGCUAUUCAUUAGGCGGCCUGGUCGCGCGAUAUACGAUUGGCUUGCUCUACCACAAGGGAUACUUCGACAAGAUAACUCCGGUCAAUUUCACCACCUUUGCGACGCCUCACCUAGGGGUCAGGACGCCAUUGAGAGGAUAUCAGAACCACCUUUGGAACGUCCUUGGAGCGAGAACCUUGUCAAAGAGUGGCCGGCAGCUUUUCCUGAUCGACGAAUUCCGGGACACUGGCCGACCACUGCUGAGCGUUUUGGCCGACCCCGGGAGCGUAUUCAUUCAGGCUCUUUCCCUGUUCCAGCACCGCUCUCUAUACACCAAUAUUGUCAACGACCGUACCGCCGUGUAUUAUACCACUGGUAUCUCGAAGACUGAUCCUUAUGCUUGCCUUGACAAGCUGAGCAUUCAUUACCUGGAAGGCUAUGAGCCGGUCAUUCUAGAUCCGGACCACCCUUACGAAAUCAUACCAGAACACGAGCUGCCUUCGUUCUAUCAGCGCGUCCGUACCGGUAGCCGAACAUUUCUGCGCCGGACUCCCAUUUUCCUGGCUCUCACCGUGCUGAUUCCGAUAGCGACGGUGGUCUUCCUGGGCAGUUCGUGCGUCCAGACCUUUCGGAGUCGACGCCGCAUACAAUUGCAUGAGACCGAUCAGCAAGGAACAGGCUUCGGCAUGUACAAAAUCCCGUACAUGGUCAGGGAGAUGCGGGUUGGACUUGAGGAUGCGUUUGAAAAUGUCAAUGCAGCUCAGCAAUAUGAUUAUCUGCCAGAAGGGUCCGAAGAGAUCGCUUCGACGCCGGCCUCGCCAUCCAUGUCCACUUUCCCUGCUACAUCAGCCGAAUCUUUGAGCUCCGAGAAAUCAGACGUGGACUUACUUAAAAAGAGCCCCUCAAUGUCUGAUAGAGCCCCAGAAUUCCCCACCUUGGCCCUCACUCCGGCACAGUUUCAGAUGAUCAAGGCUCUUGACGACGUCGGCUUCCGGAAGUACCCUGUGUAUAUCCACAAGAGCAGCCAUAGUCAUGCAGCGAUGAUCGUGCGUACACCGAGGGCCGCUUUUGAGGAAGGCAAAGUCGUGAUCAAGCAUUGGCUGGAGAACGAAUUUGACAUUUGAAACCUCUUGGGAGAGGCUUGCAUGCAAACUUUGGGACCUAUCCGAUGUGGCAGUCUGAGAUGGAGAUCAAACAACGUGUGGUCAUCCGAUGGCUGUUAUGUUGUCUUGAUAGAGACCGACUUUGGCUUCCCUUAAGCCGACGCUUCUUGGCAGUGUGGCUUUUGCGGUAAGCGACAUGCCAUCCUACGAAGCGAGGCAUUAUUUGUUCACGAAGUUUUUGAUCCUGCGGUGUCAUAUGUAGCGUUCGUCGUGUCCUUUCAGCGGAGGUGUUGGUUAGACCACUAGUUUACGAAUGUACUUCAAGCUUCAGCUGCGAGCAUUCUCUAUACUCGUACUCGUUCAAGAAUUGCGUUAUCAGUGUACUGUCAGCCUGAACGGAGUCAUUGUGCUUGGGAUAGCCGGCAAGCGAGGUACUCGUACCAAUACCCAAAUCGGAGUUGUUCCCACCUUGCU